AUGUCAUGUUGUAUCCAUCUCACACGCAGGCGGGAGACGUCUACAAUGGGAGAAGGACUUCUUUCAUCUGAGCCUCUGAAGAUGUGGCAACCGGUAGGUCCCCCCGACAUCCCUUCCCGCCUUGCCGCCAGCCGGUUUGCAUCCAUCCCGCAUCUCUCCCGUGCUACCUCGACACCGAAUAAUCAUACACACAAAAACGAGGUUCCUGCCGACAGCCGAAGGGUAACACAGAAACAAAACGGUCCAAUCUCUAGCCUUUCAAUAGCGUGGGAAAGCGUGGGAAACAAAAGACUAAAACUCAAGCAAGGACGGGGGAUAGGGAAACAUCGAAUGGUCCCCGAGAUGAAAGAUGCGCUGGAGCAGAGUUCGGACGGGAAACCUGUGGGUAAAGUAGGUAAUUAA